AAUUUCCCUCUCACUCUCUCAUUCCUCUCUCCAUAUUCACAUUUUUCUUAUUCAAAAAAAAAAAAAAUCCUAAAUCCUAAGAGUCUGAGUAGUGAUGGCAGGAAAAUGGGUGCGGAUGGUGACGGCGCAGACUCCGACGAACAUAGCGGUGAUCAAGUACUGGGGUAAGAGGGACGAAACCCUCAUCCUUCCUGUCAAUGAUAGCAUCAGUGUUACUCUUGAUCCCGCCCACCUCUGCACCACCACCACCGUCGCUGUCAGCCCUUCCUUUGACCAGGACCGCAUGUGGCUCAAUGGCAAGGAGAUUUCCCUUGCUGGAGGCAGGUUCCAAAGCUGUCUGAAGGAAAUUCGCAGUCGUGCUUGUGAUGUUGAGGAUGAGGAAAAGGGUAUCAAAAUUGCAAAGAAAGAUUGGGAAAAUUUGCAUUUGCAUAUUGCUUCCUACAACAAUUUCCCUACUGCUGCUGGGUUGGCGUCUUCGGCUGCUGGGUUUGCUUGUCUUGUUUUUGCACUUGCAAAGCUAAUGAAUGCUAAAGAAGAUCAAAGCCAGCUUUCUGCUAUUGCAAGACAAGGUUCAGGCAGUGCUUGUCGCAGUUUAUAUGGUGGCUUUGUCAAGUGGAUCAUGGGAAAAGAUGGGGAUGGAAGGGACAGUCUUGCAGUUCAACUGGCAGAUGAGAAACACUGGGAUGAUCUUGUUAUUAUUAUUGCAGUGGUAAGUUCAAGGCAGAAGGAAACAAGUAGCACCAGUGGAAUGCGUGAAACUGUCGAAACAAGUUUGCUAUUAAAGCAUAGAGCAAAGGAAAUAGUACCCAAACGCAUAGUACAAAUGGAAGAAGCCAUAAAAAAUCGUGAUUUUGCAUCUUUUGCACAACUGACUUGCACCGAUAGUAACCAGUUUCAUGCUGUUUGCCUAGACACAUCUCCCCCAAUAUUCUACAUGAAUGAUACAUCCCAUAGGAUAAUCAGUGUUGUUGAAAAGUGGAAUCGUUCUGAAGGAGUACCUCAGGUGGCAUAUACUUUUGAUGCGGGGCCGAAUGCAGUGAUGAUUGCACGUGAUAGAAAAGCUGCCAGCCUUUUGCUUCGGAGGCUGCUUUUCCAUUUCCCUCCAAAUGCAGAUACGGAUUUAAACAGUUAUAUUAUUGGUGAUAAGUCAAUCCUACAAGAUGCUGGGAUUCAGGGGAAAGAGGAUGUGGACGCUUUGCCACCACCUUCCGAGACAAAAGAUAACAUUCCAUCCCAUAAAUUUGGGGGGGAUGUUAGUUAUUUCAUCUGCACAAGACCUGGGAGAGGUCCAGUUUUGCUUUCUGAUAAGAGCCAGGCUCUUCUCAACCCUGAAACUGGGCUACCUAGGUAAAUUUGGACGAAUCGUUUCAAGUGCUUUAUGUAUUCUGUAUCAGGCUAAAUCGACGCUCUGAGCCUUGGGAGUUUUUCAAUUAAAUAUCUUUUAUAUUGUGCCUGUGGUCACUGAAAUGAUUGUCUAAAUUGUUCUUCAUGAAUUUCUGUUUAUGGUUCUUCUGUUGUGUAGUUGUAAUUUAUUUUUUGCUGUUUAAUUUAUGAGGGUUACGUACUCAUUAUCUUUUUGACUUGGUUAAGAAUAAGUUGUUUAUUGCUUUUCGAGAAUUUCAAAUGUAACUCGCAAGGCUUGUAACUUUUUGGGUAAAUCCCUAAUAAUUGUUUGAAUAA